CUCGUCCUCAGGACUAUCCUCGUUCUUUCUUACAUUCAAUUUUAUGUCUCAGCAAUAAUCGUAGCUUGCGCUCCCUACUUGGCCCGUUUCCCCAUCUACAUUACUCGCCUUCUACAAGGCCUCAAUACUGAUUCAACUCAACAUCCUCUACUCUAUAUUCAUGACCACCGUCCCGCCACCUGGAAUUCUCACGCUUCGCGAAGAGUGGAAUGACGCUGAUUUCGACUUUCCCGAUGGAGACCCUAUACAAGCCUCCGACGCUGAGUCCGAGAAGGAAGAGGAUGCAGAGGAAGAAGAUUGGGAUGUUGAAAUGGAUCUUGGCAAGACAGGCGGGGCGAAGGUGCAGACAGUGGUUAGGGAUAUAGCGGCGGCCGCCCAAGGAAGCUCAUGUACUGGAGAUGAGUCGCGGAUGUUCGCCAUUCGCCCCCCGCUGACAUCAGUAAGCGAUGAAGACGAGGACGAUGAUGGAGUUCCCACAAUCAAAGCAUCCAUCCUGCCAGAAAUUCCGAACCGAGGCGUGUCAGAAGCAACGAUUGACGAAGAUAUCGAGGACGGUUUCGCUCUCCCCUCGGAUCUCACACGACUAUCCCUCCGUCCACUGGAGCUCAAUCACCGUUCGUCAAAAUCGUCGCUCGAAUGGGGAGACAAAGACCACACUACGUCUUCCCAGUCAUCCGACGCUUAUUCCAUGUUCAGCUUCGCCGACCACUCACCCCCUUCAACUGUUUACACCUCUGCGUCUCAGCCAGAAACGGAGACAGAAGAUGAAGAGGAGGUUGAGGACCUGCUGGACGGUCUCGUAAUCCCUAACGGCCUUUUCGAGUCUGGUCAAGACGCAAAGAAGCUAACGAGGAUGCUCGAGACGAAGAAGAAAGCUGUUAUUACGGACAUGCGCGUCAAGAUAGCCAGCCCCGAUCCUGAAGAUGAUUUUGAGAGUGGCCUUGUCUUUGGCGAUGACAUGGAACUUUGCUCAAGUAGGCUCCUUCAGGCCGGCCAGCAAACAACCAAACUCGGACUCGGGGCAACUUCACUACGCAGUAAAAGUGUACCUCGUACAAGUACUUCGGGAAGGACAAGAUCGCACACAAAGAGCGACCGGGCCAAGUCACCCAAUAUCCCCCCAGUCUCUUCCUCUCGCCAGCUCCGCAAGCUGACGUCCCCUUCGCCGAAGCCGAGUUCAUCCUCCCUUACUCAAACAUAUAGCCAGGCCGUUACCUCCGCUCCCGCUCUCUCGACGAAAUCGUCCUUUCUGGCACCGAAAUACAGCAGUCUCCGAGGUCAGAAAUCUCACACGGUGCUCAAAGCUCCUUCGCCCUCGAGUAGUCGUGGACUGUCUCGUAAGGCUUCUCUCCCAUCCUUAACCGAUCAUAGCCCCACACAGGCUACGUCCUCGCGCGCGUCCGAUAUGCCGACACUCGCGAGGUACGAUGCACCUACGGCGUCUUCAAAAGCCAAGAGCCAUGCCAAUUCUACUGGCCGAUUGCAGACGCUCGACCACACCGUGCCCCCCACCCGUCCAUCAACACCAUCUUCUAAUCCCGCCGCCCUUCGUCUGACGAUGCCUACUUCGUCUUCCCGUUUGAAGGUUCGCACGUCAAUCUCGAAUGUAUUCCCACCCUCUCCCGCGAGCACGAUAUCACCACUGCUCCGGUCGACCUCACCGUUGCCAGCAGCUCCCCGGCCACCAUCGGCUUUGUCUGGGCGCUCGUCAUCGUCAAAGUCGCGCCACAUACAGGCACAGAGCAUGCCCGCUGUUCCCGCCGUCAGGGUGCUGAAACGGCCAAAGCGAACGCGUACGUAUGGUGAUGGCACGGAGUUAGAUGGUAUCGAGGAUCUGCCGCUUGACAGGGAGAAGGAAGGCAAGUACCGUGUGCAGCCGAAGGGAUCUGGUACCCGGAUACCGGGUGCAAGCUACGCCUAUAUCCUAUUGCCAUCGUUAUCUCGCAAGCCACCAAGCUCUGAGACAACCGGCUCCAAAAUUCUCAAACGGACUAGUCGUGUCGACUUUUCGUCUGCCAAAGUGCCGGAGUCGGCGUCGCGUGCCACCAAGAGGAAGGUCGUUAGCUCUCCUCGGACCAUGCGGAAACCAACCCUCAUCCGCAAUUUAGGUGGCUCAGGGGCACCGAAAGUGGUCGGAGAGAUGAAGUGGAACCCGCAGACAUUGCGGUGGGAAGGUAAUGAUCAGGUUUUGCGAGAUUUCGACGCGGCUGUCGGCACUUCAACACGGCCAGCACUGAUCACCCACUUGACUGGCUCCUCGAUCGGUUCGCCGGUAAACUCUAUCGCUGCAGGAGCCCGCAAAGUGGGCAACAUGAUUUUCGAUCCAGCCAAGAUGUGCUGGAUAUCUACUCUUCCACCUGAGGAAGAUGAGCCAGACGUAUUCGCAAAUCUUGCUGACGACGAAGAUGAGGUCUGCGACGCGAAUGCGAGAACCAUUCGCACUGCUCAGCAGCUCUCAGCAACUGCUUGCUGUAACACCCCUCAGGCAAACUUUACGCCGGGUUCCUCCGUCACUCGUACGAGAAGCAGAUCCGAAUCCGAGAGUGAUCGCGGCUCUCGAGCCUCCAUGGUCUGUGACGUCGAGGAAGACUUUCUCGACAAAUGUCACGCAGCGGAGAUUCGGCAUCGUACCGAGAUGCGAGGGUGGACCACGACCUCAGCAGUCGACCGUUCCUUCCUCUACGAAAUACGUGCAUUGGCAACCCGGCAAUACUGAUCCUUACCUCUUUCAUAUACUUCACUGUUCUGGCAUGCUCUACACUUCCUUUCAUUCACGAUCAUCACGAACAUGCAUUACACUCCUUGACACUUUUUACAUGUGAGCUCUUUUUAUUGUCUCGAUCUGUUCGUUCGCUUUGCAUAUCUCUUCUUCGCUAUGCUAUCUUUCGCCUUGGUAUGUAAGCUUAUUUGUUUGGACGGUCGACAUUCUCAUCAUUACAUUCUCUAAU